AUGGAGGAGAGGGAGCGGCUGUGGCGACAGAUCCGCCUGCUGCAGGGUCUCAUAAACGACCAUAAAAACACACAUGGUGAUGCGCCGCGGCCGCCGCCAUCCGUGCCGCCGAGGUGGAACAACCCCCGCCAGCCUGCCUUCAGCAGGAGGGGGGCAUUUUCAGCCAGGUACCCCCAGCAGGCUCCCAGGGAUUUCCAGCUGCACCAGGGUCACUCCUGGAGGAAAAAAUAUUCCCUUGUCAACCGGCCGCCGGGAUCGGCGUGUGACGUUGGAAGCGGUGGAAGUGCCAGCACAUCUCAGGCUAUUGGAAGCCAUGCGGAUAGCCAGGCACCAGAGCCACCGGAAUCGUCCCCAGAGAGACAUGUGGACUUAACUACAGAUGGUAAUAUAGUUGUGGGGAUCCAGCUGCCGCAGAGGGCUGGCCCGUUUGUAGAUACGAAAGGUUUUGCUGAUGUGGGUUCUUACUGUGAGUUUUCUGAGCUGAAAAUGGUGGUCGCUGCUCCAGGUGACAGUAAAAAUGUGCAGAAAUCUCAGUACACAAGCCGAAAUGAAGAGAGAAGACCCUCUCUCUCAGUCUCAUUUAGUUCAUCUCACCGGUUCGUGAGUUCAGCGUACAUGAGCGUGUCAGAUAAGCCUAGAACGGUGUGUCUGGCCAGUGACGUGGCCGGGAGCAACCCUGCCUCCUGCGGAAGCACCAGUGAAAGUGCCGUGACGCUGAAAUCGGAGCCGCAGCAGCCUUCCAUGUUGCCAGAUCGCGAGCCGGCUCGGCACUUGGUACGGCGGAAGGCAGAACCACCAGCUCCAGGGCAGUCUAGUUUUGAGCAAGUCAGGGAUGCUUUCAGAGAGCCGAAGCUCCUUGGAAAUGGCGAGACACGCUCUAGACCUGCUCCGGCUGCGACUUUGGUGGUUGGGAUGACUCCAAUGAAGAGCAGGUUUUCCGUAGUCCCUAAAGCUGCCGGUCUCCAAAGAGCUGCCUCAACAUCUGUCUCCAGCAAAGCUCCGAAGUUCAGGAAAACUAAUUACACAUGGGUCGCAAACCCUGGUAAAUGCUCUCGUACUGUGAAGAGAUGGGUCAGCCCUAGAGCUUCUGAAAGUGCUAAGAAAGUUGCUGGUGGAGCGGACAGAGGUGCUAAAUUAUCACCAAAAGCAGACAUGGGAGCAAAGCUGAAGAAAUCGGGACUGCAGUCCAAACUGGGUGUUUCUCCCAGCAAAUAUAAGUGGAAAGCCUCCAGCCUGCAGACCUCGCCCUCCACCUCCAAGUCGGCGUUCAGGUGGCGAUCUGAGGAUCAGAAAAAGCCUCCAGCCCCCAACCUCCCUCGAGCCAGCGCUGCCCCACCGCCUCUGAGUGCUGCGUCUGUUGGUCUCGGUGGGACGAAGUCCUCCUUCGGCGAUGCUGCGCUGUCCAGUUAUAAAGUGAAGAGUCGGACAAAAAUCAUCAAGAGAAAAGGAAGCUCGGGUUCCCCAACAGAUAAGAAGAACAGCUCCUCGCCCACCGGGCCUCUGAAAAGCUACUUCCAUCUCAGGAAGAAAAACUGCUCGCGGGGGAAACCUUCUGCGACGCUGAAACGCUCCUCGCCCAAGGGCCUGGUGCAGAUUACCAAGCACCGGCUCUGCAGGCUGCCGGCCACCAGGAUGCAGGUCUCCACCAAGGAAGGAGCCAACUUGCACUUCGUAAGGAGCCCCCCAGCCAACAAGGUGAUAAAGACGCGCUACAGGAUAGUGAAGAAGAACGUGGUGUCUCCAGCCUUAUCAUCCUUCAGCAGCCCCAUUCCCAACUGGAAGACGAGGCGCCCCAUGACAUCCAGAUCCCCGCUAUUAAACCAAACGCGCCCGUCGCCUCAAGGUGGCAAGUCCCAGCACGUGCAACAGAGAUGGAGGAGCAAAGGCUAUCGCUGCAUCGGUGGGGUGAUGUACCGAGUGUCGGCGAAUAAACUCUCCAAGACUUCCAGCACCCCUGGCCGGGGCAGAGACCUGAGCACCAAGAGCCCAGGCAGAACAGCGAGGUUGCACUGUACGCCCAGUCCUGGCUUCUCUCCAUCCGGCUGCCCGAACAGAUCAGCUACGAGCCGAUACAUCGCCAGCCGUGCUGUUCAGCGGAGUUUGGCCAUCAUUCGUCAAGCCAAGCAGAAGAAAAAGAAGAAGGAAUACUGUAUGUACUACAACCGCUUCGGCAAGUGUAAUCGCGGGGAGAGCUGCCCCUACAUCCAUGAUCCAGAAAAGGUGGCUGUCUGCACCAGGUUUCUCCGUGGCACGUGCAAGAAGACGGACGGGACCUGUUCGUUUUCCCACAAGGUGUCCAAAGACAAGAUGCCAGUGUGCUCCUACUUCUUGAAGGGGAUCUGCAGCAACAGCAACUGCCCCUACAGCCACGUCUACGUGUCCAGGAAGGCAGAAGUGUGCCAGGAUUUCCUCAAAGGCUAUUGCCCCAUGGGAGAAAAGUGCAAGAAGAAGCACACGCUGGUUUGCCCCGACUUUGCCAAGAAAGGCGUCUGCCCCAGGGGCGCCCGGUGCAAGCUGCUGCACCCCCAGAAGAAGCGCCACCCAAGAGAGGCAGAAGAUGGGGACCGCAGCGACCCUCCCUCCAAGUGGAGACGGGUCUGGGAGGAGACAGGCAGGAAUGAUCCAGCUCAGCUCCACGAUGAUGGGGAAAUGCCCGGACCCUCCAGUGCGGAGCAAGAGGUGAAGUUUUGGAAAGAGGCAGACACGUCGCCAACCAACUGGCUGCAAAACCUGCCGUCCUUCAUCUCCCUCCAGUCCUCAGCAUCUCCCGGAGACCAGGGCUGCAAAGUAGAGAAGGAUGAGGACGAGCCGGAGGACGAGCCAGGCAGAGCCAAACGGAAGAGGACUUUGCCACCGGCAUCCUCGCGGGACUCCGAAAACGCCCGUCUCGAGGAGGGCGGCAGAGGCAAACGGCUGCAGAUCAAGCCCCGUCUAUGAGCAAGACCCGACCCCACGGCAGCCGACAAGCUCAGGAACCGCAGAGCCGGGCAUGACCUGGCACCUACCUCAGGACGCCGCGGCCAGACGCGGCACCCCCUUCUCAUCUUGCUUUUCUGGGAAAUCAUUUUGGCAAGGAGCCGGGUGGCAGCAUGGGGAAGCGCCACCCGUUCCUGCAGGGAAGCAGCUUUGUUCAAAAUAUUUUAAUUUGCCAAUAAAUUAUCUUUUCAGCCUGUUUAUGGAAGGCAAGCCCUGCCGCCAGGCUCCUUGGAUGCUUGCGGGACUGGGAAGAGGCUCCCAUCCCCAUCAGUCCUCCCACAGAUCGUGGCUCUGCUGCUGUCCCGGACACGAGGUGACACGGGGACCUGAGGAGCUUAAUGCCAUCACCCGACGUGCCCGCAUCCAGGUCAGCCACUAUAUUGGGGAGAAGCGUGGCCGGUGGUCGCAAGUCACCGUGCCGGGAUGUAAUGGGGCGUAAAGCCCCUGCACGGCUCAGCCCCGAUCUCUCCGUGCCCAGAGCCCACCAGCAUUCAUCCCGCUCCAUCCCCUUGCUUUUGGGAGGAGAUUUCUUGGAACGGGGCCGUGUGCCGAGAGCAUCCCUAGUGGAAACGUGUGUUGGGAGCAGUGCUGAGCUCACGCCAAAUGCUCCUGCAACAUGUUGGGGUCUCCCAUGGCCGGUUGCACCCUGACCUCCACCUCUCCCCAUCCCAGCAGGGGAUUUGGUCUCCCUUGGGAGACCCAAACCAGCUCUUUCGGGGGUUUUUGGUGGUCACUCCAAAUCCAAGCAGGAGCAAAGCACGGGGGGAGCAUUGUGCUGAGCCGAGUACUGCCCGGCCCUGCAGCUGCUGGCGCGAUGGGUUUUUACAUCCGUGGGUACAAUUUCCACGGGGAUUUCGGGGCGGUGGAUGCUGUUCCCCCACACGGAUGCGAUUUUGGGGACAGCUGCAGGAUCUCCCCUUGCCAAGAGGUGCCAAGAGCCGGGAGCAGCCGUGCGGGGCGGCCGGAUUUCCCCAUCCACUGCCCCUCAAUCGCAGCACCUUCAGGCAAAGCCCUGAGGGGAAAAGGCAUCAGCAGGGACGUGGGUGAACGCUGGGCCUCCCUGGGGACCCAGCACCCAGGUGCGCUUGGCGAUGGGGUGGGUGACGGAACUACGGUGAUGCCGUGGGCUCCGGCAAGGGGCUGAACGGCUGCGGUUUCACCGCCCCCCCCGUAACUGGGCGGCGCGGGUCCCCACGGAGGUUUCCCUUCCCCAGGUGACCCCCAUAGCAGGGUCUUGUUAUCACCCCACAUCUAUAGGCUGGGAUGCUCCCCCCUGCCUGGCUCGUGGUGGGGGAUUUAUCGCUGAACCAGCA